UGUCAAUUAGAGUUGGAGGCGGGACAUAGUCGGGUUGCGAGACCGGCUGGUUCAUACUUCCUCUUCUGCUUUUCUCUGGAACGCGGCGGAGAGAGCAGCAGUGAUGGGGGUCCCGUUGGCUCUUUGGCUGGUGUCAGCCCUUGUGACAGGUAUUUCUGCCAAUGAGUUCAGUGUAUUAAGAUAUCCUGAAUCCAUUGUUUUCCGUGAAGGAAGUUGGCCAAUACCCGGCGAGCGAAUUCCAGAUGUGGCAGCGCUUUCCAUGGGCUUCUCUAUUGAGGAAGAUCUCUCUUGGCCAGGGCUGGCAGUUGGAGAUCUCUUCCGGCGUCCUCGAGCUACAGUUCUAGUCACAGUGACAGGGAUAGACAAACUAACGUUGCCUAAAAACAGCAUAUCUUACCCAGUUGAGAAUGCCGUUCCUUUUAGCUUGGAUGGUGUUGCGAAUACAAUCCACACCUUAUUUUCUGAAGAAACCCCUGUCGUGGUACAGCUAGCUCCUAGCGAAGAGAGAGUGUACAUGGUGGGAAAGGCCAACUCUGUGUUCGAGGAUCUUUCUGUCACGCUGCGGCAGCUUCGGAACAGAUUGUUCCAGGAAAAUUCCAUCCUAGCUUCCCUUCCGCUCAACUCACUGAGCAGAAACAAUGAGGUUGACCUGCUCUUCCUGUCAGAAUUGCAAGUUUUGCAUGAUAUCACAAGCUUGCUAUCCAGGCACAAGCAUCUGGCCAAAGAUCAUUCACCAGAUCUAUAUUCUCUAGAGCUCUCUGGGUUGGAAGAAAUUGGCAAACGUUAUGGGGAAGAUUCACAACAAUUCAAGGAUGCCUCUCAGAUUCUUGCAGACUCCUUACAAAAGUUUGCAGACGAGAUGUACAACCUCUAUGGUGGGAAUGCAGUGGUUGAGGUGGUGACUGUGAAGACAUUUGACACGCCCUUUGUGAGGAAGUCACGAUCCAUUCUGCAGUCUACACAGCCCAAAGAUGAAAAUCCAUAUAAUUUAGGAUAUGAAUACAACUUUAACUAUGCUGUGAUCUUCAACAUAGUCUUCUGGAUGAUGAUAGUCCUUGCUAUAGCUGUGAUAGUCAUCUCCUACAACCUCUGGAAUAUGGAUCCAGGCUACGACAGCAUCAUUUAUAGGAUGACCAACCAGAAGAUUAGGAUGGAUUAAGGUUUAGAGUCAGGUUUUAAAGGAGUAAUGCUUUUCUAGGGCUUUGGCCCAGUUCAAUAUGGACUCCCUUGGUUUUCUUCAACAGUGCAACUAUUUCUGUGGAGUAUCCCCUUCUGUUUUCCUUUAGGAUAGAUUUAAAAGUUUAGCAGUGGGCAUAGUCGGCUUGCAGAGCUGAAGCUGCACACUGCUGUUAAAUCAUGAGCAAUUGCCUAUUGACACUCUGUGAAAAUGAUUUUGUGGCUGUGCAAUAUGCAUUGAGUUCUAAAUAUGCUCCUCUGUACUGUUGUGACUAAAUGUGUGAAAUGACUGCACUGAACAUAACUAGUAAGUUGCUUUGUUUAAAUUCUUUGCACUGGUGAUUUAGGAUGUUACCUUGAGACUCUGUUGUAGGUUAUGAAUUAAAUAUGUUGUGAAUGUAAAUACUUUAAAUUGCUGUCUUUAGAAAUCUA